AUGGUGAAGCAGGCCUUCCCCUUUAAGGGCUUGGUCUUCUUGGAAUAUCUCAUGGAAGUGGCGUAUGGCGACCACCGAGAAGAGCACACUACGCUGCAGGACAUGGCGGCAGUUUGCUGUGCCAUCAUCUCCACACAGAACGCCACAGACGCCUCCACGCCGACGGUGAAUGUGGCCAGUGUGGUCAAGGACAAUGCGGCCUUUGUCCAUGCGCUGGAGCGUGUCCCGGACCCCAAGAUGCAGAUUUGGCACUACCGGCUUCUCACAGGUUGGAGUCGCCGACCGAAGGCCUUGGAUGACUUGGUGGGCGACACCGAAGCCUUGCGCUUUGUGGUGGAGCACCUCUUGGAGACACAUCUCUGCCGCUAUAGUGUGGUGAUCGUGCACAACAUCAGUAUGCUCCGCAGUUCGGCGCUGUUGACCUGUCCGGGGCACCUCUCCACGAUCUGCGAAGCCUAUCGACAGCUGGGCCCGGGCGCCACGCUCCACCGUGGCGAUGAGAAGCAACGGCGCCUGGUGCGGCGCUUGUUGUUGGCCGCGGUGCGCAACUGCCUUUGGAACUCCUCCAACGUGCAGAAGGAGUUCCAACCGAGUUUCGGAGCUGAGGAGUCGGAGAAUCAGGAGCUGCAUGAGGAUGAUAUGCUCAACAUCAUCAACUUGGUCUCCUGCAUCGAGGAAGCUGACUUGCCUUUCUUCAUGGCCGUGAUUCUCUACAUCAGUGAAGGCUGCGAGAUCAAUCGCGUUCGCGAGGCCAUGUAUGGCAAUGCUCAGUUGCUGGAGUUGAUGGUGCGAUGUAUGUAUCAACAGGCCACGGCAUGUGUGGUGGAUUUGGAGGAGGAAAACAAGUACGAGAGUAGCAUGUACGGCCUCAUCACCGAGGAGGAGGCCCAGCGCGCGGAGCGCUACGAUGCGCUCAUGGAGCACUCCGAGGCGAUCGCCAACGCGCCGAAGAAGCAGACGGAAGCGUACAAGAAGAGCCGCCGCAAGGGCACGCAUCCAGCGGCUGGAGUCCGGGGGGAGGUCACCAUGAACACGACCGGCACGGCCUCGCGCAAGCUCUCAGAAGUGGAAGAACGCCGCGGGCAACAAGAGUUUCUCUACUUCGCAGCCGUCGAGCUGUUGACCUAUGGCACCUUUGCAGGCGACGACCACGACCGGCGCUUCCCGCCGCCGCCGACGGCGGAGCCGCACCGGGCAGAGGUGGCGGAGGCCUUGCACAAGGCGUUCCAACGCUUUACGCUGCAGAACUUCUUGAAGAUUUUGGCCGAGCAAAUUCAGCAGCACAAGAAGAUGAAGGUGGUCUUGUCAGACAUGUUCAUGCACGUCUCGACCAAGUUCCUCUGGCACUGCUGGACGCAGCCGAUCUUCACCGGUUAUGUGAACACUGCACAAAACCUGGAGAUCUUAGCCCAGUUGGUGCCUUUCAUGAUCAGUUGGCCCAACCACGAUGUGCAGAUGAUGAUCGGUGACGUGUGCCUCUACGCGGGGCUGCACCGCUUCCCCGCGGUCUGCGACAUCUUGAUCGCCGAGUACCGCGAUUAUCCCGAGCUCUCGUGCGCCAUGUUGACGCGCUGCAUGAUCAGUCCAGUGGAAGAGACCGGGCUACGACCCAAGCAGGCGGUGAACUUCCUGAAGAUCUUCGUUUGUUUGCUACGAGACCGGGCCUUGUCUCAUACGGGUUUGAAGCGCCUGGCCAUCGGCCUGGAGACCGCCUUAUUGAUGGACAGCCCCAAGGCCUGCGGGCUGCGCAUGCGGCGUUUUUCGGGCAGAAGUCCGGCUGGGGAGCGGUUCAAGUGA